CUGUCAAAUCUUCAUCAAUCAUUUCUUUAAAAAAAAACUGCUACAACGAUUGAAGCAGACAGCGAGACAUCACUUAGACUGUCUAAAGAGAUCUCUCACAGUUUUUCCUUCGUGGGUAUAAUUGGUAGUUGGGGUAAAAUGGCUGCUCUGCAAAGAGCUUGAUCGUGUGCUGUUUAUAGCUCCUGAAAACAGUUUUGCAAACAGGAAGAUCUGAUUAAACGGGUGCAGUUGGAGCUGAUGAAAACAACAAAAAAGGAGACUUUAAUCCUGGCUGUGACCAUGUGGAGGAGAGGAAAACAGACGGUUCCAAACAACAUGUCAUCAGGCAGCGUGAAGCCCAAAAAGAAGAAGGAGCAGGCCAACGGGGCAGCAGAAACCAAACUGAAUGGAACUGAGGCAAAAACCAAAAAAACAAAAACUAAGAAGAAGGAAGAAGCAGCUGAGGAGGAAAGUUCCACUAUUCAAAAUGGAAAAAAGGUAAAGAAAAAGAAACCAGAAAAGGAGAAAGAAGAACCAAAAAAGGAAAAAGAAAAAGAAAAAAAGAAAGCCAAAAGUGCUCCAAAAAAGAAGAAAGGUAAGCUGUCAAAGGAACUUGAUGGAUACAGCAGUACAGUUUGCAGGCAAGUGCUUGCACAAACUGUUAGCUUUGCUCCCUAAUGUUUAUUCUUUUUACAUUUAACAAACUGUAUGAGGGCCAAGAUUUCAAAAAGACUAAAGUUUUAUAGGAAGAAGCAAAUUGUUUAGUAGUUUGAGAAAAGUUUUGAAUUUCUUUCAGUAAGUGUUUGCUUCACUCCAGGUUCA